CACACAACAUCGGCAGGUACAUUUAACACUUAAUAAAAUACAUAAAAAAAUAUAUAAAAAAAAAUAGUUAUAAUUAUUAUAAUCACAGAAAUUACAUUUACACAUACACAUACAAUAAUGGCCCAAGACCCCGAGUCCACCCCGGAAGUACUGCAGGUCCUCGAGACCACUGAGGCAACUGCAGAGCAGGCGGAGAUUGCAAUUGCCCCCGUGGUCUUGCCUUCUGAGGCAAGGCUCGAAGUCGCAGUGGAGGCUCCCAAGUCAAAGGAGAAGCUCUCCCAGGCGUCCGAGUCAAGGGAAACGCUCUCCCAGGCUUCCGAGUUAAAGGAAACGCUCUCCCAGGCUUCCGAGUUAAAGGAAACGCUCUCCCAGGACCAUGCUCGGAAGGAAACUGGACCAGCUACCGAGUUGGAGCCGGAGCCGGAAAGCCUGCCCACGGAACACACUAAAAUUGCAUUUUCCAACGAAGUACACCAGGUUGAAGGGGAAAAUAGGGUUGAUGUCGAAGGUGAUGCCUUAUCGGAAGAAGAGCUAAAAACUAAAAUGCAACAAGAACGAAAGCAGCGCCGAAAGGAAGCGAUAAACAAACGCUACAAUUUUGGUACGACUGGUGAAGAGCCCACGGAAAUGGAGGAUAUGGUCGGUGAGGAAGAGGAAGAGCAUGAGGAGCACCAGGAGGAGCAUCAGGAGGAGCAUCAGGAGGAGCAUCAGGAGGAGCAUCAGGAGGAGCACCAGGAGGAGCACCAGGAGGACCAACAGGCAGAGGACAAGGAGGACUACAAGGAUGAAGAAGGGUUAGGAUCUUCUGGCUCUAUCUUAGAGGAGGAAGAGAGUGACAUUGAGGAACCCAAGUUAAGAGUUAAGGAAGCCCCGACUCGGGGAAUUUUCGGGGCCCUGAAACAAGAUACCGCCAAAGAUGACAAAAUCUUCUACAAGGAUACCAAGUACGAUAAUAUUGAUAGUCCCAGCGUCCUAUCGGCUAAAUCGUCUAAAUCAAUUAAAUCGUCUAAAUCAAUUAAAAUCGCCUCGGACACUGUCCAGUUGAAGUCCGACUUUCUGCGCAACUUUGAGAUGCCCAGCCUGUCGGACAUAUCGGAGGAGAAUGAGCCCGUUUACCCGCCACAAAAGGACAAUUCAAUCACUAGCAUGGACGAGGAUAGGGGCUACUUUGUAGAUCCAACUACUGGAGCUUUGCUCUCAAGCUCGUCUUCCUCGGAUCAGAUUUCGCUUUUCGGACAAGAAAGCCAGGAUGACAUGGCGGCAGCUGCCGACCUUCAGGAGGGCUCUUCCGAGAUUUUGGAGAUGCACGAUAGUAUUGUCGUUCCCUUUCCUGAGGCAAAGAAGAAGGCGUUAACCUUUGAUGACCUUCAUGAUUCCUUUAUUGCGCUUCAAAACAAAUUGGAACUCGAGGAUGAGGAGGAAAUUCCCAUGAAGGAACUCGGAGUGGACACCAUAGUUCAUGAUUUCGUGGAAGAUCUACUACAGAAGAUAGUCACAGCAUAUGAAUCUCAGAGAUUAGACGAUAGACUGCGGUUGAAGUGCGACAAGACGAAGCUGGCUAAUGAACUGAGAAAUAUCACCGACACUUACAUUUGCGAGAAGGCCUUAAACGAUAUGCUAAACACCCGGCUCGCGGACUACUACAAGCGUCUCCGGAACAACCGGGUCUUCGCACAGCUGAACGAGGAAAGGAUGAGCUACUACUACGCCCGCUACUUCAAUGCCCUGUGCACGGUGGAUAACCUGAACUUGCACGUGGACACAAUUAAGCAUAAAUACGCCGCCCAGAUUAACAAGGUGAUACUCAACCUGCAAGGGGUCCAUAGCGUUGUCUUCACCUCAGAGGCAGUGCUAGAGCAAAAAAUGCGCAAGUACCUCGUUCGGCCAGACUCCGAAUUCCUCAAACGCUACGUCGAUUGGGCACUACGACAAAUGAAUGCGAAGCGGAACGAGAUCAGCGACAUGCGAAUCCGUCUAAUCACCAAACAGCACACCUUGGGCCACCUUCAGGCGAGACUUAAGGAACUGGAAACUCUCAGCAGCACUGUAAGCAUCCAGGACUAUAUAUGUAUUCAGAACGACGUAAUUAACCUGCAGAAGAAAAUUGAAGAGCGCAAUGUGGACCUAAACAAGAUACGUAGCCAGUAUCUGAUGGAAGUUCACCACACCCAUCACAAUAGGGAGAAGGCUCUCGCUCUGGGAGACAAGCUGCAACUUAAUAAGAUCACGCUGACCAAGGCCAUCAAUAAGCAGCGAUCUCUGCGUGCCAGGCUGUAUAGCGAAAAGCUGGAGCGCACAAAGAUCCGGGAAAAGCGCAAGGAGCUGACCUUCCAGGGCGGCAUCCUGGCGAUGCCCUCGCUGAUGUACGAGUACGACCAUACCGUUGAGCAGGUAAAGGAGAGUCAGGAGCGGGUGACCAAGCUAAGAGACACUGUGAAGGCGAUCACACGCCGUGUCUCCCUACUUACAGCACGGAUAGAAAAGUAUAUACCCCGCGCAAUGACGACUGAUACAAUUAAGGAUUUGGAGGAGUCGCCUGUACUACUGCAGGAUGAGGAAGCCCAGGAAUUAACAUUCCAGGAGGUGAUACCCCAAGAGUCUCCACUGCAGGAGGUGAUACCCCAAGAGUCUACACUGCAGGCGGUGGUUGCCCAGGAGUCAAUACUGCAGGCGGUGGUACCCCAAGAGUCAUUGCUGCAGAAUGUGGUACCCCAGGAGACAUCGAUGCAGGAUGAGGUACCGCCGAAUUCACUGGCGGAAGAAGUAGGAACCUUAAGCGGUGGCAAGCUACUACGCGAUGAACAGAUGGCGACGAAACUGAGGCGCGUUCAGGAAGUCUGCCGCCGACUGAAGUUGCAGGAGCAGAAGGAGAGAGAAAUGCUACUGCAACUGGAGAAGGGAACAAGCUCCCCUGAUGACUCUUCAUGGGAACAGUAUGCCUUUCAGGAAAAUAUCGAAGAAGACAUUGAAAGCCAGAAUUUUGAAUCCAAUGUGUCAUGGACAUCCGUCACAUCUGAUGGUGAUGAAGACCCCCUCAAGAGGCACAGUGAAGUGGACAGCGAGAGCUCCCUAGAUCCCUUGAGGACGGCGGUCGAUGGGCUAAUGUUAGUGCCCAGCAUCUCAGACUUGUCGCUGUCCGAUGACUUCGUAAUAGAACACGUAGUGUCCCAGAAAUCCUUUGCCCCUGGCGGACCCGUAAUCCAAACCGAGAGCGACAGCGAGCUGUCGUCCGAAUCGCAAUCAGCGGACUUGAGCGAAUUGCAAUCGGGCCAUUCGCUCCAGAAAGUCGAGGUCGAUAAUGAAAAAGAGGAUACGUCGUCGUCCAUCGAAUCAGUCGCGCAAACUCCCAUUAUCACCAAGCAAAGUCAAAUCUCGUUUCUCAAUCAGUUUUUCUCCAUGAAUACCAUAUACUCCCAAGCUGAACAGCAAAUUUCAAAGCCCACGGAUACGAAACUGAUCAUUAAAAACUUCAUUACCGUGCUCAUUACCAAUGUGAUUGAUGGUCUCAAUCACGAUCAGCUGUUACGGACUCAGCUUGAUAAGAAUAAGCUCAUCAGCGGACUACUGGACGGCAUGGAGCAGCUUAUAGAAGUGGCGAACUUGAACAGGGCGCUUAACCAAUUGAUGGUCGAACACUACCUCUUGACUAAGAAUAAACGCGCCCUUGAAGAGCUUUCGGACCGAGAUAGGUUAAGCUACCAAGAACGCUACAGUAAGGGACUAGCCAGCGUGGCCCUGGGAGAGGAUCGCGUUGCCUUGAUCAAGGUCAAGGUCGGCAAGCUGACCACCAAGGCGCAGUUGGAGCUUAAUAAUGCCAUGUACGCCGCACUCGGCACCGAGCACCAUUUGGAGCAGACUGUGCGCCAAGUCCUCAUCCGGUCAGAUUCCGAGAAUGAUCUGCUGAAGCGCCUGGUAGCGCGCGAGCUGCGCCUAAUGCAGCAUUACCGGAGGGAGGUCGGCGACAACCGGUAUUUGCUGAUUAUUCAGAAGCACAAUCUUGCCAAGUUAGAAGAAGAAAUCAAAGAGCUGGGCUACGUGGAUGACCAUGUGAGCAUGGACGACUUCUUAUGCCUGCAGAGCAAAUUACAGGGCAUCGAAAGAAAAGUUGAAGACCGAAAUGCUGAGCUGAAAAUGAUGCGCGCAAAGUACCACAAAGAGCUAACCCAGGGUCAGCACAAUCGAGAAAAAAUGCUGGCACUGCAACACAGACUAAUAUUUCGCAGGGAUCAGUUAGCGAAAAGGAAUAUAAAAAAGACCGAGCUUAGGAACCAGCUGUACCUCGCAAAAAUUCAGCGCAAAAGUAUAAGGGCGAAGACCAAUGAGCUGGUUUUCCAGGGCGGUAUUAUUUCCAUGCCAUCUCUGAUGUACGACUACGACAGGACACAGGUCUACAUCCAGGAGACGCGGGAGCGCGUAGCAGGGCUCAAGGAAACCGUCCAGUCCCUUAUUCAGAGAAUAAGCUUUGUGUGUCAAAAAGAUACUAAUAGCAGUAUAAAUUAUUGACUCAUUUCACAAUAAAGCAGCAAGAGAACAAAAUCUUAA